CCUCAAUGUCACUUUUAUAUGCUACGACCACUUUACAGUAACCAUGCUACAAAGCUUCUGCUUAUAGGUCCUCCUUUUAGUGGAAAACGUACCUUGGCAAAACAGUUAUUACUCUCUACAACUUUGUUUUAUUCCAUAUCUACAUUAGAGGAUGCUGAUCAAAGUAGUUUUGAUAUGGUGAAAAAUAUGGAUUAUAUAUUUAUCUUUGUGGAUAUGACCAACUCUACAAGUCUGAUAUUAUUAGAGAAAACUCUUGCCAAUAUGAUACCUGAAUACCUUUUAUGCAAAUGUGCUAUUGUUUUUACAAAAGUGGACAUGGUACCAAAUUGGAUGCUAAGUGAAGAUCAAGUACAUAAUACAAUUCAGAAUUAUGGUAGUCCACUUACAUUUUAUGUCAAUCUUUCGGAUGAUCUAAUGCGGAAGAAAAUCACAGAUCAAAUGACAAGAGCAAUUUCUAUUGGGACUUUUCAACAACGAAAUGUUCAUCCAUUAGGGGCUCAAUUCUUGGAUUCUUAUUUACCUUCAAUGAAUGGGAAUGAAAAUGAAGAUAUACGGUGACAGAUAAUAGUUAGUUGACUAAUUUUUUUUUGUUUUUGAAAUAAAUAUUAUUACUGCAAAUCAACGGGGUUAUGUAUGGAAAAGGUAUCGUUAAGGGGUGGAUG